AUGAUAAGAGCUAGCGAAAAGGUAGAAUAUUGCAAAUCCAAAACCAUGACUUGUGACGAUGAUUAUGUAUCGUUGAAAUCUUCGAAGACCUUAAAUAUAGAUAACGCAGAAGAAGAAUAUGAGAAGAUAGGUAAUGAGAGAGGAGAUGUACAAAAUAUGAAUGAUUCUGAAAAUGUGUCAUUAUAUAAAAAUAAGAAAUACAAUACAAAAAAAAAUGUUGACAAAAGUAAUGUUGACAUGUGUGAGGGAAAUAAUAUUAAGAGUACUGAUAGAAAAAGUAAUAAUACAAUAAGAAACUCAUCAAAAUAUAAUGGUUUAGAAGAAAGAGAUGAUAAAGAAAAUAAUAAUAAUAAUAUGAAUAGUAUGUAUGAUAGAAAUGUGGCGAAUACAACAUAUUAUGAGAAUGAAUCAUUUGAUAAUUGUCCAAAAGAAUCCAAAGACUUAUCCGAAAAGUUUAUGAAUAAAAAUAUGAUAGAUAAUAAUAAUAAUAAUAAUAAUAAUACAAUUAUGAAUGAAGAUGAUAUUUUUAUGAAAUAUAUAGAAGAUACCAAAAAUAAUGAUAAUUCUAAAAAUUUUAUUAAUGAUAAAGAAUUUCUUUAUUCCAUGUCAAAUGAUAAAUAUGCCGAAACAAACAGAUCCACAACAGAAGUAUUUGAUAAUAUGAAUUGUAUAGAAUAUUCAAAUGAAUAUAAACAAACGAAUAAUGAAAUUAUUAAUAAUACUAUGAUGAAAGAAGAUACAAAUAAGGAUGAUAUUAAAAAUGUUUAUAGAAAUAUUUCUAUGGAUUCUAAAGACUUUUCAGGAAUAAAUUUUAAUGAAAUGAAUGUAGAAGAAAAUAAUAGUCUUGUCAUUGGUAAUAAUUCAAAUUUAGAAAGUUAUGAGAAUGUGGGAAAUGAAAGUUAUAUUGAAAACAUUAUGUAUAGAAAUAAAAAGGAACACAAUGAAGAUGAUAAGGAUGAAGAAGAUCAUAAUUCUAAUAAUAAUUAUAAUUUGAAUGAAAAGAAUGGAAAUUAUAAGAAUAUCUUAAGUAAUCAAGAUAUUUAUAAAGAAACAGAAAAUGCUAAUGAUAAUACAACAACAGAAUGUACAUCAGUUAAGGAUGUGCCCAAGUUUAUUACAAAUAAUCCUAUGCAAGAUAAUUUAUUAAAUAAUACAUAUUUGUCUAAAGAUUUGAAUAAAAAUUUCAAAAGUUAUGAACAAGUCUAUGUUAAGGAUAAUAAUUCUUUAUUACAUACAACUGCAGGUUGUGACAAUAAGAAUAGAUCAUAUGCCAAUUUUCAUUUUAAUACUGUAGAAAAUAAAAAUAUGCAUAUUAUGAUGGAAGAAGAAAAAUACAAUGACCAUAAUAAGGCCCAUCAUGAAAUAGCUGAUAAUGGUUAUAUAAUAAAUUCUAGAGAUGUUGUUAAUAAUAAAGAUUCAUUUUAUAAGAGCCUUUCUCAACAAAUGUAUAUAGAUAAAGAUGGUAGUAAAUAUAAUGUUGACAUUGCAAGUGAUCUUUUUGAAAAGAAAUGCAUUAUAAAUGAUAAAAACAUAAAAAAUAAUUAUAAUGAAAAUAAUGACAUAUUAAGAGGACCAGGUCAAAGUGAUAUGUCCAAUAAUAUGUAUAUAUCACAAAAAGGUUUCCAGUUAAAUCAAGAAGGAAUUAAUGAUAUGUUAAGAAAUCAAAAUAAUAUAACAUAUCAAAAUAAUCCAUAUAAUGGAUAUAUAAAAGAUGAAAAAAAUAUUAUGGGUAACUUGUGUGAAAGGAUAGAACCAAAUUAUAUUGAUUCAAUGUCUAAGAGAGAUAGUGAAGGAACAAACAGUACUGUUCAUAAAAAUAAUAUUAAUAGGAAUAAUAAUAUAAAUAAGAAUAAUAAUAAUAAUAUUCAUGGUAAUCGAAAUAGUAAUAAUAUUCACAGUAAUCGAAAUAGUAAUAAUAUUCACAGUAAUCGUAAUAGUAAUAAUAUUCACAGUAAUCGUAAUAGUAAUAAUAUUCACAGUAAUCGAACUAGUAAUAAUAUUCACAGUAAUCGAACUAGUAACAAUAUUAAUAGUAAUCGAAAUAGUAACAAUAUUAAUAGUAAUCGAAAUAGCAACAAUAUUAAUAGUAAUCGAAACAGCAAUAAUAGUAACAGAAAUAAUUACAAUAGCUAUGUUGUUCCAGGAAAUAUGAACAGUAAUAAUAAUGAUAAGAGUUAUAAUAAUAAGAAUUAUAAUAAUGAUAAGAAUUAUAAUAAUGAUAAUUCGUAUGAUAAAUCUUUAGAUGAAUAUUUCCGAAAUAAUCUCCCUGAAGAUAUUAUUAAAAAUAUGAAAUAUGAAAAUCCAUCCAAUACAUAUAAUGAUUUAUUAAAUAAUAGAGACUAUGAUUUAAUUUCAAAGAUAAAAGAAAAUCCUGUGUAUUAUGCUUCAGAAAAAGAAAAGAAACGAAUGAAGAAUAAAGAUAUGAAACAAUCUAAAUAUGUAUCAAAUGAGAAAUUGGAUUCAGAUGAACAUAUACAUAUUUAUAAAAAUAAUAAUGAAGAUAAUAAUAGUAUGAAUCGAGAUACUACAAUUAUAUCUAAAUGUGAUAAUCCCGAAACUCAUUAUGGUCAAGGAAAUUCUUAUAUGCUACCUGCAUGUCAAAGAAAUGAUUUAUUAAAGGAUGAUAGGAAUCCUAUGUUAUCAAUUUCAAAACAAAAGAUAAAAAAUAUUUGGAGUAAAUUUAAAAACAAUUCUUGUAAAGAACAUAAUGUAAAUAGAAUGUAUGAAAGUAAGAAUAAUAAUUAUGUACAAAAAAUGGAAAUGUUAAAUAUUCCAAAGAAAGGAUUAGGAAAUGAGUAUUACAAUUAUCCAUACAACAACAAUAAUAAUAUCAACAAUAAUAAUAUUAUUAAUAAUAAUAAAGAUUGUAUUAAUAAACCAAUUAUAUAUAUGAAUAAUAUGAAUAAUAAUAAUAUGGACAAACAAAUGAAACCUAAAUGUAUCUUUAAUUGGAAGAUAGCUAAAAAGUCAUUAAUGAAAAUGUUACAAAGCGCACAUAAUUUUUAUUUCAAUGGUGUUAAAUAUUCAGAUUGGAAAUUUACUUGCAUUCCAACACUUGGAUUUUCUAAAUCUAGCAAUAGAGUUCAACAAAUGUAUAGAGCUUUUGUUGUUCCAAAAGAUAAUAAUGUAAAAAAGGAAGUUAAAUUAUUUAUUAAAAAAAUUCCUAUAUAUAUAUGGGUUAAACAAUUUAAUUUGAUGAAUGAAUUUGAUGGAGAAUAUGUAACAGAUGGAGAAAAUUUUGUAAUGGAAGCUACUGCUUUAGCUUUUUUAAAUGAGUACCAUCCAGGAAUUACACCAAAAUUAUAUAGAAUAUUAUAUGAACCAGAUAACAAAUAUUUUAAUGAAGGACUUUCACAAAAAUCUAUGUAUAAUAAUUUGAAUGUUUUUAAUGAUAUGUUAAGUGAAAGAUUGAAAUGUAAUGCUGGUGGUAAUAUUGUUAUCGUUUCUGAAUUUUUUAAUGAAGACAUACUUGAUUUUAUAGAUCGUAGACAAAAAAAAUAUAAUAUGAAAAUCAGUAAUAAUGAAAAAAGUUUUAUAUUAUAUCAAUGUUUAAAAUUAUUAAUACGAUUACAUGAUGCCGGUCUAUCACAUUUAGAUUUAACACCAGAAAAUAUUUUAAUCUCUGAUAAUUAUGAUUUACGUUUCUGUGACCUAUCUAAAAGUACACCUAUCUAUACAUACAAUUUAAGACACAUUAAAGAUAUGAAUCGUCUCUAUUUAUUUGAAUCAUGUGAACCUACUAUUGCAAAAGGGGCAUAUAUGCCACCAGAAUGUUGGAAAAUAUAUUGGAAAUAUGAUACCAUGAAAAUAAAAAAUCCUCUAAAAGAUUUAAAACAUAUGACAGAUCAAGAAAAAAGAAAACAAUUCUAUUUCGAUGUUUCUAGUGCAGAUAAGUUUAUGCUUGGUGUAUUCUUCUUUUGGAUAUGGACCAACGGAAAUUUAUGGAAAUGCUCAGAUCCGUUGCAAGAUGAAGAUUUUUUCUAUUUCGUAAAAUGUGAUAUGAAUUUUGAUAAUUUUGAGUUAACAAAGAAUUGGCCAAAUGAGUUAAAAGAUAUCAUCAAGCAAUUAUUACAUGCAGAACAGAGAAAGAAGUUGAACUUGAAAGAUCUAAGCGCACAUCCAUGGUGGUCUUUCAAGUUGUAA